ACAAAAAAAAAAGUAGAAAAGGUUUUCUUUCCGUGACCAAGUAGAAUCACAGAAAACAAAAAUUUGUUUGUGAUUGCAUUUUCCAUUUUCAAUUUAAUACAAAACUAACCAUCAUUCUAAUCGAUAUUGAAAUUUAUUUUCAAGUUUUAAUAUAAAAAUCUUUUGUCUAUCAAAAGAGACAAAGUACAGUGUGUGCAUAGAUUCAUUCUUCUUCUCGUCACAACAUAUCAAAAAUAAUGGCGACACGUUUUAUUCGAGAACUGGAAAACUUUAAAUUUCCAAAAGAAAUCAAAAAUGAUAUAAUCUAUUGUCAAAGAGCUAUUAAAUCCUAUAUAACAGUUCAUCAGAUGAUCGUUGAACAAUACUCGAAUAGUAGACAAUAUGCUGAAGCAAAAAAAGCAUGUUUAGAUGAACUCGAAGAUGAAAUCUAUGAAAUCAAUUGUGAGCAACAAUAUUUGCUUUUGCGAAUUCGUCGCUCUAUUGAAGAUUUCUUUAAGAAUAUGACUUCACAAAAAAUCGAAGUCGAUAAAGUUCUAAUAAAUGAUUAUGUGUCACGUCAGUUGAUACUUUUAAUCCAAGAUAAAAAUUAUAUAUGCGCUCCCAAUUUGGUUCGAGUGAGAUUUACUGAGAGUCAAUUGAUGGAUGUUUAUUUUGAUCCUAAAAACGUUGGUGAUGUCUUGAACAAAUCGCCAACAACUUCGGUUGAUUUGACAAUGUCACCGACAGCGAAGGUUUCGAUUAGUCCUCCUCAAAAGUCUUUGACUGAAAUAAUUCCGAUAACUCAACCAGAACAAUUAGUUCCAAAUACUUCAUCUAAUUCCAAUAAACAGCAAAUAUCUUUGUUGAAACCGAUAUCUCUUCUGAAACCGAUAUCACAAAGAGUUGUUAAACAUACACCAACACCAUCACCAGCUCCUCCGAUUCUCAUCGAUGAAAAAGAGAGUGAACAAGCUGUAGUUGCUCCUGAACCAUCUGUUCCCUCAAAAGUUAAACUGAGUCGAAUGAAUUUGAGACAGGCACUAACAAAAGCUGCCGCUGCUAUUAAUGUACCACAAGUUACUCCUGUUAUUCCAACUCCAGUUGAAAUACCAGUUGCAAUUGCAGCACCACCACCAGCAACUAAAAUCAUUAAAAAUGUCCAAGAAGUUGUCACAAAGAAGACACAGCCGAAAAUCUAUAAAUCUGAUCCAUCUUCUUCGGAAGAAUCAGUUGAUGCUGUUCGAGUGCCAUCGCCAUUGCAAGAAGAUAUAAAAACUCAACCAGAUGACUAUGAUCAGGAAUCAUUUUUGAGGAUUUUUAAUCUAUUUACACAAAAUCAAUUGCAACAAAUGCAACAGAGAAGAUCGAAGAGGAAACGCCGUAAUGUUCAUAAUAAUGAAAGGGCUGAUUUUCAUUAUGGACGGAUUGAUGAUCAUAUGCUUACAGCAGCCCCCGUUAACAAGAAACGCAAAAAAGAAUUUUUGCUGUCGCCAUGUGUUAAUCGUGCAUUGAAGAAAAAACGUUCUACCGAUGGCGAUCGCUCGACAUCUUCGUCACCAGAUGAAAAGGCAUCGUGCAAUGAAUGUAUGAAACGGUCAGGUGAUAUGAGUAAAUGCAAGGAAUGCUCCUGGAACUAUCACGAAAAUUGUCACAAAGACUUAAAUAUUAAAACAAUCGAUGAACAGUGCCCAUCGUGCGCUAGACUACACUUCAACUCCAAACUUCAAGAAGAAGGUAAAAACGAAGUGCAUACAGUUGAUCUCCAGGGACAAUAUCGUGAAUUGGAAAACAAGCUGGCAUUAGAACAAUUUCGCCGCAAAAAACUUCAACAAGAAAGUAAAAUGUACAAAAUCGGGAUGAAAAAUUUGUUUAAUAUUGUGGAAACAAUCAAAAGCGAUGAAAACGAUAGUUGAAUCGUUCUAGCUAUUGAAUUUAAAUUACUAUUAUACCCACUCGAAGAGAUUGGUUGUGUCUCCUCAUUUAUCUCAUCAUUGCCAUCGUUCUUUAUUAGAAAUACAAAGUUAAUUUUUUCAUAAAUCCUUUAUUUGUAUUAUAAAAAAUUAUGUUUUCAAUUUUGGCAGUUUUUUUUUUCUUUAAAAUUUUUCUUUUGGAUUUUUUUUUUUUGUUCUUUAUGCAAG